AUGAGAUCCUUCAUAUCAUUACUGAGGACGUCACAUCGGAUUGUGCCAUGCUGUGCAUCAGUGAGGGCUUGUUCCUCAGUAACUCAGACGAAAACGAAGCCUUUCGCCCCUAGUAAGGAAACUCUUCAGAAAGCAGCUGUGAGACCGUCUGUGUUAAGUGAGUAUCUAUCAGAAGAACUUCAUGCGGAGGAUUACUUCAAGCUGGAGUCUCUGGUAACGGUGGCAGACAUGUUCAAUGCGCGCCUGCAUCUAGGUCAUAAGAUUGGAACACUUAAUAAUAAUAUGAAAUGGGCUUUAUACGGUGAACGAUUGGGUGUAUGCGUUUUUGAUUUGGAUAUUGCUCGGACUCAUCUUAUUAGAGCGUUAAAUUUCAUAGCACAUGUUGCGAUGAGAGGUGGAUUAAUUCUGUUUAUAACCACAAAUCGAGAUACAAUGUUUUCAGUAGAGAAGACGGCUGAAGAGUGUGGGCAGUAUUCCCAUGUACGACGCUGGCAAGAGGGGACGUUGACGAAUACUCGACAGCUUUUCGGCGCAAGUAUUCGCCUUCCCGAUGCGAUCAUUUUCAUGAAUACUCUUACUUCAGUUUCCACUAAUCACCCUGCUAUCAUAGAAGCCGCCAAAAUGACGAUACCAACGGUGGCUGUGGUGGACAGUAAUUCCGAUCCGGCAUAUCUAACAUAUCUGGUUCCAGCCAACGACGACAGUCCACAAAGUGUAGAGUACUUGUUAAGGUUGGUGGUUCUAAUGAACAGAAGCAAAUCUCAGUGCUAA